AUGUUGAAGGCGGCAACCAGAACGGUUCGAGCCCCGUGCUCCUCCCUGCGACAAGCACCCUUCUCGCGCACCUAUGCAUCUGCCUCAGCAACAGCGUCUUCAUCCGCUUCUCCAUCCACCUCCAGCACACCCGCGGAAACAACAUCCCUCCCAUCAGCAGCGCCCCCCGGUACGGUGCUCAAAGGCGUGUCGAUCUACAAGGACAAGGCGGACCCCAUCGCGCUGCAGGACCACGAAUACCCGUCUUGGCUGUUCAAGCUUCUGGACGACCCUUCGAUCGCGUCUGCCUCUUCGCUUGCCUCCAUCGAGAUGGCCGGCAUGUCCAAAGGUGAAGCGCGAGCUGCACAGAAGCGUCAGUCCAAGAUCCUGCGUGCGGCUCAGCUGGCAAAGGAGAAGGCCGAGGCGAAAGCUGCCGAGCGCGCAGCCAAGGCUGGCAGUGUGGAUUCCACAACCGAUGCAAGCGCAGAGAAGGAAGCAGCGAUGAGCCCGGCGGAAAAGCGUGCGCAUUUACUCUCGAAAGCAGCACAGGAAGAGCACGCCAAGCGCAAGACGCUCCGUAGGGCCAACAAGGAGGCGAUCAAGGCGCGCAACUUCGUCAGCGCUUCCUAA